AUCAUACGAAAAGUGUUUGUAAACAUCGAGGGGUAAAGAUCAAAAUUUUCGAAACUUCUGCUAAAUUUGUUGAAUUUUUCAGUUCAAAGAAUCGUGGUUGUUAUCAAAAUGACUCGCCAUGCACGAAACUGCACCGCUGGAGCGGUUUAUACCUAUCACGAGAAGAAAAAGGACGCUGCUUCGUCUGGAUUUGGAUCUUCAUCACGACGUCUCGGCAAGGACUCGGUGAAAGGAUUCGAUUGUUGUUCACUUACGUUGCAACCCUGCCGAAACCCAGUUAUAACUAAAGAUGGGUAUUUGUUCGACAAAGAAGCCAUUCUGACCUACAUCAUCACGAAGAAGAAAGAAUUUGCCAGGAAGAUGAAGGAAUACGAACGGCAGCUGAAGGAGGACGAGGAGGAGCAAGUGGAAAAGGCCAACGCCGAGACCAAAAAGCAGGUGGACAGAUUCAUCUCCACUGAGAAGAACAUUGUCAGUUCAAAGACGGCCAACCCGGCAGACGAAAUUCCUAGCACCAGCGGAGCCAUCUCAAACGUUUCCCUCGGAAAGCGUAAGGAACUGCCCAGCUUCUGGGUUCCGUCGCAAACGCCCUCGGCCAAAGUGGCCAGACUGGAAAAACCGGACAGCAAGAUCUACUGUCCCAUUUCCAACAAACCUCUGAAAAUGAAGGAAUUGAUUGACGUGAAAUUCACCGAAGUGAAGGAUCCGUCCGACAAGAAAUCUCUCAUUGCCAAAGAGAAUAGAUACAUGUGCGCCGUGACUCAUGACAUCCUGAACAAUUCUGUCCCGUGUGCCGUGCUGAAGACUACCGGGGAUGUUGUUACGAUGGAAUGCGUGGAGAAGAUCAUCAAAAAGGAUAUGAUUCAUCCAUUGACUAACGAGAAACUCACCGAAUCGGAUAUCAUUCCAUUGCAAAGGGGUGGAACUGGAUUUUCAACAACUAACGAUAACCUGCAGGCGAAGGAAGAGCGUCCGGCGUUGCAAUGUUGAAAUAUAUAUAAACAUAAAAAUCUGAACCAUUAAUAAAUAUAUUCAUAAGUCACCUAUAUAAUAUAAAGUUUGUUCCACUUAGUA